AACUAAAAAAUAAUCGAGAAAAUACAAAAUUAAUUUUGAUUGGUCAAUAACAUCAGUUUCAAUUUGAAUGAGAGCGAUGUCUACUCAUCAUCCAUGGCGUAUGUGUAUAAAAAAAACACAACUGUCCACGAUGCUAUGAACAUGAACUGCCAGAUUUCUCCCAUCAUUUGCGCGCAGUUGAAGCGUCCAACCUCUUUUCUCAAGCGUCCAACCUCUUUUCUCAAGCGUCCAACCUCUUUUCUGAAGUGUCCAAUCUCUUUUUUGAAGUGUCCAACCUCUUUUCUGUAGUGUCCAACCUCUUUUCUCAAGCUUCCAACCUCUUUCUCAAGCUUCCAACC